AUGCCUGGAAGGAGUUGGUUGGGAUUGUGGAUUUUGGCUGGGAAGUUUCUUUGGAGUUUUGAUGUUGGAUUUGGGGAUGUUUUCUUGCAUAUGCCUGAAGAUUUGGAUAUUGGCCUUUUGAAUUUUCUUGUUGUUGUGUAUGACUGGAAGGAGUUGGCUGGGAUUGUGGAUUUUGGCAUCUCAAAUUUGGCUAUACUUUUCUUCAAACUACCAGUUCUGUGUGAUGCUCUUUCUUGUAUUUGUUGUCUCCGAAGGAAUAUCGAGCAUCUCAUCACAAUGAACGCACUUAUAUCCGGCCUGCCUCUAGGUUACAGGUUUCGACCCACCGAGGAAGAGCUGCUUGAUUAUUAUCUGAAAAAGAGAAUUGCCUCAGAAAGGAUUGACAUGGACCUUAUCAGGGAUAUCGAUCUCUAUAAAAUUGAACCUUGGGAUCUCCAAGAGAUAUAUGGGGAAGAUGCUAGAGAAUGGUACGUGUUCAACAAGAAUAAUAAGAAAGGCAGUCGCAUAUGUAGAUCCACAGCAGGUGGUUACUGGAAGGAAACAGGAAAGGAUAAGCCAAUAUACUCGAAGCAGGCAGGUGGAAGACAUCAGAUUGGACAGAGAAAGAUUUUAGUCUUCUACAAAGGCCGUUCCUCCAAAGGACAAAGAUCAGAGUGGAUCAUGCAUGAAUACAGACGUGGCGCAACUCCUCAGGCAACUAAAUUCACUUUGUAG